CACAACGAAUUUCCUCAAUUGAUUGAAUUUUUGACUUUGGCUCUGGAGACUUUUUUCCCCGUUCAAGACGACAUCACAUUCAGGUCCAUUUCUCCCCCGCCUCACCCUCACCUGAACCCGUCAAGAUGCGAUACAUCCACAGUCUCGAGACCUUGGAGAUUCCCGAGGGAGUCAAGGUCCAAAUCAAGUCCCGCAAUGUCACAGUCGAGGGCCCCCGAGGCAAGCUUUCCAAGGACCUGAGCCACAUCGCAGUCAACUUCUCGCGACCCAAGAAAAAUGUUAUUGGCAUUGAGAUUCACCACGGAUCGCGAAAGGACGUCGCCACCCUCCGAACCGUCCGAACCCUAAUUAACAACCUGAUCGUCGGUGUCACCAAGGGCUUCAAGUACAAGAUGCGUUACGUCUACGCCCAUUUCCCCAUCAACGUCAACGUCGAGAAGAACAACGAGACUGGCAACUUCGAGGUCGAGAUCCGAAACUUCAUCGGUGAGAAGCUCGUCCGAAGAGUCGUCAUGCAGCCCGGUGUCGAUGUCCAGAUCUCCACAGCCCAGAAGGACGAGCUGCUACUUCUAGGCAACUCCCUCGAGGAUGUUUCCCAGAGCGCCGCCGACAUUCAACAGAUCUGCCGAGUCCGAAACAAGGAUAUCCGAAAGUUCUUGGAUGGUAUGUACGUGUCCGAGAAGGGCAACAUCGUGGAGGAGGUCUAAACGGGUGGACACAACGGGACACGAAUGGUUUCUUUGCUUUUAGGGUCUCAAUACGGAGUCGCCGGGGUUCAUCUGCAUCUCACGUAGCAAAAAGAGUAGCUGCGAAAAAUGGAACCGAAUACUGAGCAACUUGUGUUUCUGAAACUCUGGAUUGCCUUAGGUACCUAACCGGUCAUUUGUGAAUUGUGAACUUGAUAACGUUUAUGAUGCUCGGCUUCAGGGACAAGUUGGUAUUCGGACGAUGAGGUGUGGAUUUGAGAUAGAAUUCUUGUCCAGAUACCCGCAAUGACCGUUGAGAAACUGAGGAGUAUCCAGAAAUUAAAUUAGUUAUAUCCUUUUCAA